AUGGGCUCCAGAAUGACUUUACGAGAUCAAUCUAUUCCUAAAGAAUCAAUUGUACCUUAUUAUAAUACGCCUCAUAGCACUAAUAAGCAUAGCUUGAAGUUGUUUGGGUCAUCAUUAUUCUCUAAGAAUAAGCAUGAAAAGAAUAUAUCUGCUGUAAUAUCUUCUUCUUCUCCAGUUACAUCAAUGACGAAAACAGUCACUAAUAGUUCAAGCGGGCAAACCUCUAUUAACUCAUUACCGUAUUCUCAAUCUAGGGUACAUUCAGUAUCACAAAACUCACCAACUCACAAUAAUUCUAAAAAUGAAAAGCAGCAGGCGUUAUCUGAUGAAGAUAUGUAUGCUAAAGCUUUGGAACUUGCACAAAAGAGAUUUAAUGAGGCCCAGAAGAAGUUGAUACAGAGACAAAGACAAGGACAGAAGAAUACUGUUAAAGAAUCCAAAAAUAUAGUGAAAGACGACCCAGUAAAGUCUACAAAUCAAAAUAGUAUGGUGUCUUCUGCUUCUAUUGAUAAAGCACAAAAACAAAGUGAUAGUAGCUUAAAUAAUGAAAUAAACUUUCAAAAGAACGAAAAUGCGGCAACUAUAUCUACUGUUGUUUCCGAUCAACAGACAAAGAAUGAAUCUACCACUGAUGCUAUUUGCAAUCAAGUUGAUGAACAAAAGGGUGAAAAAGUGCAUGAUAAUCAGGAAGAUGUGCGAAAAAUUGAUACUAAUGACCAGUCUUCUUCAGUAGAAAAAUCAAGUAAAGUUGACAUACAACAGAAACCAGGAAGUGAAGCUCAAUAUGGAGUAUUAUUAACAGCACAUCCAGAAGAGCCAUUUGAUUCCAAUAAUGUUAUUCCAAUGCCAAAAUUGGAACCAGUAUCAAGUAAUCCUAAACAUAAGUAUAAGUUUCCACAUCGUCCAAAAAUUAAUGUUGAAAAGAAUAAGUCUAAGAUUAGGAAUGUGUUUGAUAAAGUGGUUCAAUUUUCAAAUGAAAAUAGUGGUUAUCAACCACCUAAAAAGGAUAAAUUAAAGAUACAAGAACAAAACAGAUUGGUUGAACAGAUUGAAGUUGCAAAAGCAGAAAAUAUUCAUGAACAUCAACUUCAUCCUCCACCAUUAAAGGUAGAACCAUAUGUAUCUCAUGGUGCUACUACGACCUUGCCUGUACAACAGAAUUUGGAUCAUUUCCCUAACGGAACAGUUCCCACAACAGGUGCAAUCUUUUCCCAAAAUCAAGAUGAUAGAGUUAAUCAAGGGAUUUCAAAUGAAAAUGUGACAAAUUCUUCUAGUUUAUUUAGUAAUUCAAAAGGACAACUUGUUGAUUCAGCUACACCAACUGAAGAUGUUUUGUUACAGCAAGAACAAUCUAUCAAAAACAAUACCAAUAUGCCAAUGACUUCUGCAAGUAUCACUAAUAUUUCUACAGAUAGUAAACCAAAAAUUACAAAAAUUACCUCACGUACAUUUUCCAAGAAGAGUAAAUCUAAAUUUUUCACAGGACUUUUUAAGAGAUCAAAGUAA